AUGGAGCGGCUCUUUUGCGCGCUGCUGUUGCUGCUCUGCACGGGAGCCGUGUGUGAGGUCCCCUGCCCGAAAGGCGCCUUCAGACCGGGAAAAGGCCAGUCCUGCCAGCAAUGCAGAGUCUGUGACAGGACUUUGGUAUAUAAGCAGAAAUGUACCGAAACCUCCGAUGCCCGUUGUAGAUGUGCCGAGGGUUACUCGUGCGGGAAAAAUUGCGAGGCCUGUGAGUGCCCCGUCGGACAGCAACGCACAAUUACAGGUUGUCAGAAAUGUACACCGAAGACUUUCAAUAAUAGAACGACAGGCGAAUGCCGGCCAUGGAGCACGUGCCCAGGGGAUAGAAUUCGGGAACCGGGGACCGAGAAGAGAGAUGUGGUUUGCUGGAGUGGGUCAGAAAUCCCCACUACUCAGCCCUCCACAUCCCUCGCUGUCUUCUCUACUACGGUUUCAGAGUGGGGAAACGACCUGAUCCUCGUCACCUCUGCUUUUAUCAUCAUCAUAGCUCUGUGUCUCGCAUUCAUGGUGCUGUGUUACUUCUUCCUCCGAUACUGGCUUCGAAAGAAGUUCCCGAAACCUUCUCAUGGGCAGUUAGCCCAGGAGGUCGAUGACUGCAGCUACAGAUACCCCGAAGAAGAAGAAGGAGGAAGCUGUGAAGCCCUUUCCAGUCUCAAAGGGGGCCUUUUGGAAAGAUAUUACACACAAGAUGUCUAACCCCCCCCCCGGGUCAAAGAGAAAAGAAGUCUUCCUUGACCCAAAGGAGA